AAUUCCUAUUAAGAAGUCUAUUCGUUCUACAUAUGAACGGGUUUCGAUGUUUACGAACAACGACCCCUUUGUUAUGGAAAUAUCAAAGGCAGGUACUUCGUUGUCCGCUGCUCACCCGACGCACUCCUCUGUCGAUCAACAGAAACGGAAUGACCACCAGUAUGCUGGAUGUUGCCAAAGAACGAAUAGUAUGGGUAGACCUCGAGAUGACUGGGCUUCAUAUAGAGACGGAUAAGAUUAUUGAGAUAGCUUGUGUUAUCACUGAUAGUCAACUGAACAUAAUAGCUGAGAUACCUCCAUUUGUUAUUCACCAGCCAGAUAAUGUGCUUGAUGGUAUGAAUGAAUGGUGCCAAGUGCACCAUGGGAAGAGUGGCCUGACAGAAGCAGUAAGAAAAAGCAACACCACCUUGCAAUCAGCUGAAGAAAAGUUGUUGGCUUUUCUAACACAGCAUGUUCCAAAACAGAAAUGCCCUCUGGCUGGAAAUUCCAUCUAUAUGGAUAAAAUGUUCCUUCAGAAAUAUAUGCCAAAAUUUACUGAAUUCCUACAUUAUCGUAUUAUUGAUGUCAGUAGUGUGAAGGAACUAUGUCGACGUUGGUAUAAAGAUGAAUUUAAAAACAGCCCAGAAAAAUCCUUAUCGCACAGAGGACAAGAGGACAUCAAAGAAAGCAUUAAAGAACUUCAGUAUUAUAAAAUGAAGAUUUUCAAAUGAGACUCCAAAAACAGACUUCUUGAGCAUAAGGGCAAUAACUCCAUCACUUUCAUCUCAACAAAAUACAAGGGAUCAAUAAACCGGAUUGGAAAUACAGUUUAAUAUUAUCAAAUAACAAUUUUGUAUUAAUAUUCCAUUAAAUAAAUAUUAAAGGGUUAUUAACAAGCAAGUA